AUGGAAGCAAUUUCUAAAGCAUCCACCGUCCAAGAAAAAGAAGUAAAAUAUCGGGGCAUUCGGCGGCGGCCGUGGGGGAAAUUCGCAGCGGAAAUACGAGACCCUAAAAGAAACGGGGCUCGCCUGUGGCUGGGGACGUUUGAGACGGCGGAGGAGGCGGCCAGGGCCUACGACAGGGCGGCGUAUGCUUUGAGGGGUCAUCUGGCCAUUCUAAAUUUCCCCAACGAUGACCACUACAGGAAUGCUUCGUCGGGCCCGGUAAUAAUCGGGCCGAGUUCGGGUAGUCAUUCAUUAAUUAAUUCUCAGGAAAUUAGGUCAUCGUCGUCUAAUUUUUCAUCAUUAACAACUCCGGGAGACAGUUUGCUGGCGGCGGCGGAGGGGUCAUCGGCAGCGGCACGGGCGGAAGAGGAAGUUAUCGAGUUCGAAUACUUUGAUGAUAAGUUGCUUGAGGAUCUUCUUGACACAUAA